AUGACGGUGGUCUGGAAUUACCGCUCCGUGAUGAAUGAAGAGGAGGUUGCCUUCCCACCGCCUCUCAACGUGCCCUUCAAGCCAGAUACUCGGCAAACUGGUGGCGACGUCCUCCUGCGUGUGUGGCUGCCUUCACGCUGUUUAAAAGUAAAAUUCCUCAUUGCAUCAGAACCAAAACCUCCAGGAGUCUACACGGAGUAUUACCCGGAUGCCCUGCAAGGCCUCAGGAUCACGGCAAAGCGCCUCUACCUCGUCCUCAGUCAACCUGAAAUGAAGCACUUGUUCUUCAAAGUGAUGGGCCUUUUUCUUAGUUACUUGGCCUGGGGUUUCGGCAUAAGCCUAGCCAGAAGCAGAGCCUGGCACAUGUGGGAGUUUGAUAGCAAGACUGUUCCCAUUGUGUUCAUUGGACUUUGGGAACCUUUCUAUUUUCAGAAACUUAACAUCUCUGGCUCAAUAGCUGAGUUGCCGAUGCAUAGCAAGAUCAACUCGAGCUGGGUCAUUUCAGAUGAAAUCUGGUGUGGGCAGGACCUGAUGCUGCUGGCCAAUUUUAUGAUGUCUGCAGUCCUGAUUUUCAGCUCAGUGGCAUUUUCAGUCAGCUGGAUCAAGGCCCCGUACCCAGGUUUCCUCCAACUGCACUACAACACUGCUGCCUUCUUCCUUUUACUCAGCUGUAGUUGUACCAUGAUUACCGUGAGCUGGAAUUUCACUGUGGAAUUUUAUGGUGAAACCAUCCUUGACUUUCCAAUUACCUUUUCUAUUAAAAGAGAAAUGCUAACAAAGAAAUGUUUCUCUUACACGUUCCCACUAGGAAUCACAACUACUAUCCUCUCACUACUAAGUGCCACCAUGUUCUCCUGUGAAACAUGUCCAGUCAAACAGUGGACUCUAGUGAAACCCUUGGCUGUGGUCAACUAUAGAAAACAAGAAGUCUGAACAAAGGCCUACUCUUUGGAAU